AUGGAAACAAAGGAGGAGACCUCUGCAGUCUGGAGCCAGGACAGCGACUCAGGUGUCUCACAGGUACAUUUUGAAGGGGGCACUGUCGCUCAGAUUGUGUAUAGUGACGAUCAGGCUGACCGACAGCAACAAGUGGUCUACACCGCAGAUGGAAACUCCUACACAUCUGUUGAGUCUGCUGAGCACACAUUGGUCUACAUUCAUCCUGCAGAUGGAUCUCAGACCGUAUUUGCAGACCAGCCACAGGUGGCCUACAUUCAGCAGGAUGGUGCAACACAACAAGUUGUUUUACUUCCCAGCGGCCAAAACAUGAACACAGCUAAUCUGCAUGUUCUCAGUAAUGUAGCAGAAGCUCCACAAGCUCUCCUUGACCCUGUUGCACAGGAGCAGCUCACCUCCAUAAGUGAUAUAGCUGAUCCUCGCUCCAGUCCCCUCGCUGCUGCAGACUCUACUGAUGAGUCUGAUGAAGAUGAUGAUGACGAUUCAGAGGAUUAUUGGGAACCCCCUUCUCAGCAUGAAGACUUUAACCCCCUUAAACUCUGGUGUGAAGAGUGCAAUGCGUCAAACCCUUCAGUCUGUCAAAAGCACGGUCCUCUGCAUGCUGUUCCCAACAGACCUGUGUUGUCUAAAGCACGAGCUAGCCUCCCUCAAAUCCUCUAUAUUGACAGAUUUAUUGGUGGUGUCUUCUGCAAAAGACGAAUCCCAAAGCGCACACAGUUUGGGCCUUUGGAAGCGCCUAUUGUCCCUCAAAGCAAACUUCAAGACAACUACAUCCACCUGAAAUUGUGCUCAAUGAAUUCUGAUAAAGAAGCAGAGAAUUUGAGUGACAUGUGGUAUGACCUGUCUGAAGAGGACAGCUGUAAUUGGAUGAUGUUUGUGAGACCGGCACAAAACCAUCUGGAGCAAAAUCUUGUGGCCUAUCAGUAUGGUUCUGAAAUAUUUUUCACUACUAUCAAGAAUGUCCAACCCAAACAGGAGCUCAAGGUGUGGUAUGCAUCAUCGUAUGCUGAAUUUGCCAAUCAGAAAAUCCACAGUGUGACAGAGGAAGAAAGAAAAGUGCUACGGGAGCUGGAGCGGAACUGGCCUUGUUAUGAGUGUAACAAACGAUUUAUAAGCUCUGAGCAACUACAGCAUCAUCUGAACAUGCAUGACGACAAGUUAUCCACUGCCACCAGACCAAGAGGACGGGGACGAGGACGGGGCAAAAGGAGACAUGCAAGAAGAACAGGACGUCCUGCCAAAUUUUUACGCCUAACUGCAGUAGAAGAUGACACUGAGAAGACGGAGAUGUUGGAACUGACUGAAAAGCAGGACAAUGAGGAUGAGUUGGAUGACGUUCAAAAUGGGCUCAAAGCUGUAGAACUGGAGACUGAGGCUGGAACAGAGGCAGAGCUCACACCGGCGAUCGAUUCUGCCUCUGCUAACAUGGUGCUCCCUGUUACACUGAAGGAAGACCCCUCACAGAGCGAGUCCGAAGCCCACCUCACGUCACAGGACAUGCGGCGCGCUAAGAAAAUAAGGAAUGCUGCACUCCAACACCUUUUCAUCAGAAAGAGUUUCCGUCCGUUCAAAUGCUCUCACUGUGGCAAAGCUUUCCGGGAUAAAGACAAACUGGACCAGCACUUGAGAGUUCACGGUCGAGACGCUUAUGCCUUUCCUUGCCACAUUUGCACAAAGAGCUUCAUGUCUGACACGGCUCUGGAUGAACAUUUGUUGGUGCACAUGGAGAACCGCUCCUACUCCUGUCUGCUCUGCCCAGAGAGCUUUGAGAAGCUGGACGGACUCAAAGAUCACGUUGGCGUUCACGCGGUCGAUGGCUAUUUCACCUGCCCCUCCUGUAAAAAGACUUUUAUUGACUUUAUCCAGUUGAAAAAGCAUAGUCGCUGCUUUCAUUCUGAGAAGAUCUUCCAGUGCCCAGAUUGUGAGAAGGCCUUUUGCAGACCGGACAAACUACGCCUGCACAUGUUGCGCCAUUCUGACCGCAAAGACUUUCUGUGCUCAACUUGCGGCAAACAGUUUAAGAGGAAAGACAAACUACGCGAGCACAUGCAGAGGAUGCACAAUCCAGACAGAGAAGCCAAAAAGGCCGACAAAAUCCACCGCUCCAAAGCUCUAAAAAUGAAAGUUCCCACCACAGACUUCGAAAGCUUCAUGUUCAAAUGCAGACUGUGUAUGAUGGGUUUCAGACGCAGGGGGAUGCUGGUAAAUCAUUUAUCCAAGCGUCAUCCUGAGAUGCGAAUCGAUGAUGUGCCUGAACUUACUUUACCAAUUAUCAAGCCCAACAGAGACUACUUCUGUCAAUAUUGUGAUAAGAUCUACAAAAGUGCCAGCAAGAGGAAAGCUCACAUCCUAAAAAACCACCCAGGAGCUGAGUUGCCUCCAAGUAUUCGAAAGUUGCGUCCGGCUGCUCCUGGAGAACCAGAUCCCAUGUUGAGUACGCACACCCAGCUCACAGGGACGAUAGCCACGGCUCCGGUCUGCUGCCCCCACUGUGCAAAACAGUAUAGCAGCAAGACUAAAAUGGUGCAGCACAUACGUAAAAAGCACCCAGAGUUCGCACAGCUUGCUAAUACUAUCCAGGCUCCACUGACCACAGCUGUCAUCAGUAGUACUCCUGCAGUCAUCAGCACAGAUGGAUCAACCACCGAGGCCGUGGUGACCACAGAUCUGCUGACACAAGCAAUGACAGAGCUGUCCCAGACUUUGACCACAGAUUACCGAACAGCGCAGGGAGAAUACCAAAGAAUACAAUACAUCCCAGUUUCUCAGGCUGGGGCCAGUUUAGCACAACCACAGCACAUUCAGCUACAGGUUGUGCAGGUCGCCCCGGCUUCCCCACAUUCUCAGCACCAGGCUGUUGACGUUAGCCAGCUGCACGACCCUCAUGGCUACAGUCAGCAUUCGAUCCAAGUGCAACACAUUCAGGUCACCGAGCCAACAGGCAACACGCAAGCUGCUGCACAGCCCCUAAGCCCGUCCUCCCAGCAGACCAAUCAGGAGUUGAGUCCUUCUCAGCUGACCCCAGCUCAGUCUCAAAGUCUAUCGAGCAACAGUAGCCAGCCCCAGCAGCAGGGGGCAGUGCAGCAUGCGUUUUUACCGGGAAACUGGAACUACAGGGGAUACUCGUCUGAGAUCCAGAUGAUGGCACUACCUCAUACUCAGUACGUAAUUGCUGAGGCCAGCACUCCUGUAUCAGGUGUGAACAGUAACCAAGUCAAAACGACACACUACGUUAUCUCCGAGGGGCAGGCUGAGCUGGAGUCCAAACAGGCUGUUCCCCAACCUGGGACCCAGAGUCACACAGAACACCUGGAGCAGCAGCAAGCCAAUCAGCAGGUCACACCGCAGUACAUCAUCACGACCACUACCAACGGCAGCGGCGCCAGCGAAGUGCACAUCACAAAGCCCUGA